AUGUUACAAUGUCGUAUUUUGAGUCUGAGGGUGCGAUACGAGGGUGAGUACGAGUGUGAGUACAAGGAUGCGAUGGUGAGUACGAGGGGAAUGUACUUCAUUUGGUUCUCACCAGUGCGGUAG